AAAAUGGAGUUCGCCACGGUCAAAGGAAAAACGAUGGAGUUCGCGGAGCGCGCCCACCUCUUCAUGGGAGCGCUCUUCAGCCGCUGCGAGGUCGUCACCUACGCCAUCACCGGCGUCAUCGCCCUCUCCCUCACGCUGACUGCGGAUCCCGACCGAGCCGCGUGGGCGUGGGCCGCGGCGGGCUGGGGCGCGCUCUCUGCCGCAUCGUUCGUGAUGGGCGCGCUUCUGGGCGUAAACGGGCUGGUCGGGACGGCCAUCUUUCGCGCGGCGCUGAUGGCGUUUGGAGGCGGCGCGUUGCUGGAGGCGGGCGCCGUCGAGAUCUUUGCCCACCUGCUCCACGAGGACCACGACACGCCCGGUGUCGGCAUCGUCGGAAUCUUGGGCGGCUUCUUCGGCAUCGCCUUUUACGUGUGCAUGCACCGCAUGCUCGGCCACAUCGGCGAGCGGAAGAAGCGGCAGCGAAAAGGCCUCAUCUCCGCGGCCAACGGCGGCGCUCAGCCGGUCCCAGAGAAGCUGAAGGCCGUCGUGGAGGCGGUGGAGAGGCUGAAGGAUAUGGUCGUGGAGGCGGUGGAGAGGCUGAAGGGCUUGGUCGUGGAGGCGGUGGAGAGGCUGAGGGGCUUGGUCAGCAAGACCCGCACCCGCAUCGUCGACGUCGAGCGCGCGCCCCUAGAUGAGGGCCACCGACCCGUGGGGAGUAGCCGCUUCCUGGACGGACCAGGGCCGCACUCCGCUGCGUUGAGCUCGCACGCACCACCGCUGCCGUCCGCGCUCGCCUCUCCGGAGGAGGACGGCGCCGACCUCAAGACGCAGAAACUGGAGGACGGUGAGGCGGUGGCAGACGGGGCGGCAGGCGAAGGAGCGGAGGGAGGCGCCGAGGCCAGCGCCGAGGUGGCCGGGGGGGGGGCCGGGGAGCGGACCUUCUCGGAGCGUCUCUCUACGCGGGAGGAGGCGACGCCGGCGACACCGGCACCGGCGCCAGCGGCGGAGGCGGCGGAGGCGGCGGCGGGCGGCGGCGGCGAUGUUCUUGUCAAUGCUGAUGAUGGCGCGACAUUUGGCCUCGACAUUGUCGCGCCCGAAGGGGGGGCGCUGAUGCCGGAGUCGCCGCCGUGGCAGGACACGCCCACGCCCAAGAAGCUCGCGCCGCC